AUGUUUUAUAAUCAAACCACUUAUUCAGUUGGUUCAGGUCCGUACUCAGUAACAACCGGCGAUGUGAAUAACGAUAACAAGCUCGAUAUUGUUGUUGCGAGUUACGGUAGUAACACCGUCGGAGUUCUUCUGAACGUAGGCAAUGGCGCAUUUUCUUCGCCAACUAAUUACUCAGUUGGUGCAGGUCCAAAUUCAGUAGUAGUCGGCGAUGUGAAUAACGAUAGCAAGCUCGAUAUUGUUGUUGCAAAUAAAGGUAGUAACACCAUCGGAGUUCUUCUGAACGUAGGCAAUGGUACAUUUUCUACGCAAACUAGUUACUCAGCUGGUACAGAUCCACAGUCCUUAGCAACCGGUGAUGUGAAUAACGACGGCAAGCUCGAUAUUAUUGUUGUAAACAACAGUCCUAGCAUGGUCGGAGUUCUUCUUAAUACAGGCAAUGGUACAUUCUCCUUGGAAACUACUUAUUCAGUUAAUUCAAAUCCAAAUUCACCGGCAGUUGCCGAUGUGAAUAACGAUGGCAAACUCGAUAUUGUGGUCCGAAGCUACGGCUCCAACACCAUCAGUGUUCUCCUGAAUGCAGGCAAUGGCACAUUUCUUUCGCAAAUCACGUAUUCAGUUGGUGUAUACCCAUACUCAGUUGCCAUUGGCGAUCUGAAUAGCGAUGGUAUGCCUGAUAUUGUUGUUGCAAAUGCUGGUAAUAACAACGUCGGAGUUCUUCUGAACGGAGUCAGUGGCACAUUUUCUACGGAAACUACUUACUCAGUUGGUUCAAAUCCGCAGUCCGUAGCAACCGGCGAUGUGAAUAACGAUAGCAACCUCGAUAUUGUUGUUACAAAUACCGGUAGUAACACCGUCGGGGUUCUUCUGAACGUAGGCAAUGGCACAUUUUCUUCGCAAACUAAUUACUCAGUUGGUGCUAAUCCAACGUCCGUGGUAGUUGCUGAUGUGAAUAAUGAUGGCAAGCCUGAUAUUGUUGUUGCAAACCCCAGUGAUAACAACGUCGGAGUUCUAUUACAUUGUUGA